CCUGGUUCUUUUUUACUGUUGUGUAUGGAUCGGUUCAGUUUGGAUUGAACCUUGCAAGAUGUAACUCUGUCCGAGUCAGCCGAACCAUCCCUAAACCAUUUUUUUUAAGAUGGUUCGGUCACCAGAAUGUGACUUGUAGUGGUGAUGCUAAUAACAGAUAGAAUAUAGUGAGAAUAAUAGCAAUCAAACAUUCAAACAUCAUGUGGUGGACCCGCACUAAAUAGAAAAAAAAAUUGCAUGCGGUGUUGGGUAAGGUAGGCCGUUUCUGGUACAGGUUUGUUACUUUGUUUGAUAUGGAUAGAAAUAGGUCUUGAAGCGUGGUGGUGGUGGAAGUGGGAGAUGUGAUCGAUUCACAAAAUAGCAAAUGAGUGGAAGGAGCAGCUUUUGGAGGUGGAGAAUGGCGAAGGACACCCGAAAAUGGAGGUACGCGAUCUUCGGAGAGUGUCGGAUGCAGGGGUCCCAAUACUGAAGGGCAUCAGUCUGGAAAUCCCAAAGGGCGUCAUAGUGGGAGUCAUAGGCCCCAGUGGCAGCGGCAAGUCAACGCUCCUCAGGGCACUCAACCGCCUCUGGGAGCCUCCAUCCGCCUCCGUCUUCCUCGACUCUCGAGACAUCUGCCAGCUCGACGUGCUCUCCCUCCGGCGCAAAGUCGGCAUGCUGUUCCAGCUGCCCGCCCUCUUCGAAGGCACUGUAGCCGACAACGUGAGGUACGGCCCCAGCCUCAGCGGGAAGAAGCUUUCAGAUGUUGAGGUAUGUAAGCUGUUGAUGCUAGCGGACCUGGACGCUUCCUUCCUUCAGAAGUCGGCGGCGGAGUUGUCAGUGGGUCAAGCACAGAGGGUUGCGCUGGCCAGAACUCUUGCUAAUUCCCCUGAGGUUUUGCUGCUUGAUGAGCCAACGAGUGCUUUAGAUCCUAUUUCCACGGAGAAUAUAGAGGCUGCAUUGUUGAAGCUCAACAAGAAUAGUGGCAUGACCAUGAUUAUGGUGUCUCACAGCAUCAAACAAAUACAGAGGAUUGCUGACGUCGUCUGCCUCCUCGUUGAUGGUGAGAUUGUUGAGAUUCUAAACCCUAACCAACUCUCCCAAGCCAACCAUCCCAUGGCUCAGAGGUUUCUUCAACUCACCACUUAAAAUUAUGUUUAAUAUCAAAUUUUCUAUCCAUUCAUAAUAAAGUACUCAUCGGUGUUCGUCUUUCUAAUUAUUUUUCUGCAAGGUCCCUCUGAUUCAGGCCACGUAGUUUGAAUCCUAUAUCUAAUUAUCUAAAUGAACUGUAUUACUGAAACCACUGUCAUCUGGAUAUUUAUUAUUUGCAAUUUCUUAUAACAAUCUACAAAAACAGAGUGACCCAGUGAGGUAAUUCAGGGUUGCUUUUUGGAUGCUUA